AUGAAACUCUUCCUGCUCGCUCUUAUCGUCCUGAUCGCCCUCAUCCAGGUGUCGCAGGCCCAAUUCUAUGGCCCAGGCAUGGGAAUGGGCUAUGGCGGCUAUGGUGGCAUGGGCUACGGCCGUGGAAUGUACGGCGGAUAUGGCCGUGGAAUGUACGGUGGCUACGGACGUGGAAUGUGGGGAUAAACCAAGUAAAUGAAUUGAUGUAUAUUUGAAAUGAUUUGUAAUUAUGCCGCAUUAUAUAUGAUAAUAAACAAUAAUAUCUAUUUUUGGCUUAUGUGGUGUAUGUUGAGGUAGAUCGAUUGUUAGAAGGAGUGUAAUCUAAACGUUUCUUUCAAGAAGACAAUACUAAAACAAAACUUUUAUAGAUCUUUUAAUGUUUCUAGUAAACACAGAGGCUAAAACCUUACCUAUCUUUUUUUUGUUCUAGUCCUACCUUCGCACUAUCCUUGUGUUACCCUUUCCCUACCGUUGCCCAACCUUUAUCCUAUUAUUUGCCUUUCUUUGUUUCUAUUCCUGCUUUAUCGUUGCUACCCACCCUACCAUAAUUCAUCAUACUCUACCCUACCUUAUUUUAACUUACUCUACUUUACCGCAACUUACUUAACCUCCCUUACCGCAACUUACAGAGAAGUACUAAGCUGCCCCACUCAGAAUCAAGUCAAAUUUUUUGGAUGUUUUCUCGUACCAAUAAUAAAAUAUUUUAGCUUGCGCUUUCGAGUUUUAAAUCUGAAUUAUUUGGAUUUUUUCCCGCCAAAUUUAGCAAAUUUGGCAUUGUGUUUCAAGCACUUUUCUUUGGCUUUCCAGACCAACUACGCCGACAAAUUUACAAAUGUAGGUUCAUUUAAAAGUAUUCUACUACUAUGUCAAAGAAAAAUUCAUGAAAGUUGAGAAAUGGCAAAGUUAUAAGCUUGAAACAUAAUGCCAAUUUAGAGGGAAAUUCAAAACGUAAUUUCGGAUCUUUAGUUUCUCGAGGUUGACUGGGAAGUGUGUUUCAGUAUGUACUUUACAUACUGAAGCUCUUAAAUUUACAUGAUCUUUCUAUGUAAAAUGUUUGGAAUCAAAUAGAACGAGGCGGGGUACUUUCCUUGUUAGUUUUCUUUAGAAAAACCGUUUCACCGUUUAGCCAAAACUGCUUUACCUUAAAUUAUACUGCCCGAAUAUUUUUUGAUCAAACUAGUAACAACUAAAAAAGGGCGUACGAAUGUAUAGCAGCUAAAUAUUAAGAAAUUACAGCUUGAACAACACCAAAAAAAGGUUUUCGAUCUCUAUCGUCUACGUCAAACGGUUUGUUACAACCGUUUUAAAAGCGUAUAUAAUAGCCGGCUUGUUUAUGGUAGACAUGUCAGAAAUAGGUUUGCUGGUUUUUGGGCUGUUUGUGACUAAAAAAGAAAUGGUUUUUGUCUUGCUUGUGUUUUGGGUAUCAAAAACUUAUUUUUAUCUAUCUUUAUGGUUUUUAGAAGUUGUAGUACUAAAGGCAUAUUAACACACCGCCUUUAUGUGUCUACAAUGUUCACGUAAUCAAAAACGUGUUUUUGUGACAUUGUGACGUUAUGUUAUUAUUGACGUGUACCAUCAACCGUUAUAUUAGUACCAACGUACCCCUCCAACUAGUGAUGACAUUAAUUUUGUACCCUCGCCUAAAAAAUUUUCAUACUAAGUUAUUACUAUCUACUACAACCAAUUGUACCAGUUGUAAAUAUGAAACCCAGCCUAACCUACUAAACCUAUUUUUUUCAGAAAAUGAAACUCUUCCUGCUCGCUCUUAUUGUCUUAGUUGCCCUCGUCCAGGUAUCGCAGGCCCAAUUCUUUGGUGGUCCUGGCAUGGGAAUGGGUUACGGCCCAAUGGGUGGAAUGGGCGGCUACGGCCGUGGAAUGUACGGUGGUUAUGGCCGUGGAAUGUACGGAGGCUACGGACGUGGCAUGGGAAUGUGGGGAUAA